AUGGAUGAACCAGCGCCGUUGCUAGAACGUGUGGCCAUUUUGGAGCGCCAGGUUGGCAUGUAUGAGAAACUUUUCCAGACGUUUAGCUCCAAGUUGGACCAUCAUUUCAAAAAAUACGAUAUGGUGGUCAAUGUGCAGCAGCAGCAAAUCAAGACGUUAAGUGAUGUGAUAUCAACGCUGCUGAAUGACCAGCACCGACACUCUGGUAUCUUGAAAGAAAAAAUGGGGGACACCUUAAAGGGAAUUACCACUACGGCUUCCUGCAUGUCAGGCACAACAGAUAAUACAAAUCGUGACGGACAGGGCACCAACAUGACCCCGGUCCUUAGUGUACCCAUCGGAAGAGGUGUCCUGGGAAUUUCUAGAGACUACGCAAGCGUUCCUCAAGAGUCCGAGUCGCCCGUCGAUGAUAUCACGAAUAACGCCAGUCCCAAGGGUUGGACGUCCCACGAACCGGUGUUGAAAGAGGAAAACAAGAAAAGAUGUAUGAGCCAACCUGAGAACUUUCAAUUUCUCGUUUCACCCCAGAGUGUUCUUGAGGUGUGGCAGGAAUAUACCAACGGUCUCGCAGGUCUGCCGUCGGUCCAGCGCUUGGAAUCCACCUACGGUCUCGAUUGGCGCCGCGACCCAGCCACCAACCGUACCUACUAUCGGCGAAAGGUGCUUUGCAAGGCGAUUGAGAAUGGGUUGGCCAAAGGGUAUCGGUUGGAACAAGUUAUUGAUCUGUUAGAAGACCAACGCACAAUAAAUGAUGCUGGCACCGCCAAACAUCCAAUAAGCUGGCUUUAUUCUCACCAAAACAUCCCAAGCAAUCUUAAAUAA